AUGGAUCAACAACCAGAACCGGACCACGGACAAAAUAUGAGGCGAAGGCGUAGUCGGCAGUCGUCUGCAGCGCCGUCCGUCCAUUUAGAAGCGAAUACAGCUCCUGCUUCACCUCAACGGGCAGGACGGCCGCUUUCCUUUUGGCUCGCCUUUUCCGGUCUCUGUAUCAACACUUUUCUCUUCGCUCUCGACUCGUCCACUCUCUCCGUGGCUCUUCCAGCCAUUGCGCACGAGUUGCAUGGCACAACUUUCGAGUCGUUCUGGGCUGGAAUCGCGUACCUUCUUUGCGUGGUCAUCACCCAGCCCCUGUACACCUCACUUUCCGACGUCUUCGGUCGCAAGCCUCUGCUCUAUGUCGCCCUCCUGCUCUUCGCCAUCGGCUCGCUCGUCUUCGGUCUUGCCAGGAACAUGACGUAUAUCAUUGUCGGCCGAGCGUUUCAGGGCUUUGGGGGCGGGGGGAUGGAUCUGCUAAGCGAGAUCAUCAUAACGGAUAUAACGACACUGCAGGAGCGUGCCAUGUUUCUCGGGCUCCUGGCUAUUCCCAUCGCCAUUGGGACCAUCAUCGGUCCAACUAUCGGCGCCGUCUUCAGCGAAUUCAUCUCUUGGCGAUGGAUCGGCUACGCAAACUUGCCCUUUGUCGGAGUCUCGUUCCCCAUCACAUUCUUUUUCCUUCGUCUCCGUACGGUCAACGACUCCCUCAUGGACGAUGUGAAGAGCCUGGAUUGGGGGGGCAUGGCUCUCUCCUUCACCGGAAUGAUUCUUUUCGUCCUACCUCUUAGUUGGGGCGGCGCCUUGUACUCGUGGGCCUCAUGGCAGACACUUGUCCCGUUGAUUAUGGGAAUCCUGAUUCUGGUCGGUUACUUUGUCUACGAGUCACUACCCGCCGCUCCGAUCAUGCCCUAUCGAUUACUACAAUCUACAACAGCCAAGGCGACACUGCUGGGGAACUUUAUGCAAGGCUUCGUUCUCUUCCCGCUGCAACAGUACUUGCUGCUCUUGUUCCAGGCAGUCUACCUACUGAGCCAAAUCGACACGGCCGUGGAGCUGCUCCCUACCAGCAUCACAUGCGUCUUGGCCGCCAGUGGUGUGGUCAUCACCAUAGGUCUCCUUAAAUCGGGAUAUCUAUGGAGUAUCAGACUGUUCUGGGUUGUCCUCACAGUGGGCACCGGCCUUGUCGCCCUGUUAGAUGAAGGCUCCCCCCGUGCUAUGCGAAUGGCCAUCCCCAUCAUCUGGGGCGCGGGUAUAGGCGCAUUGUUGCGUCUCCUCCACCUUCCAAUGCAAGCAAGUGUCGAAAACGUGGAUGACACGGGGCUGGCCGUCGGGCUCGUCCUGUGGUUUCGCCUGGUGGGAGGCCUCCUCGGACUCGCCGUCUCAUCCUCAAUAUUUAUCAGUGUCUUUGCCAAGUCCAUUGCCGGCGUUGACAACCUCCCCGAGUCUCUUGCUCCACUGAGAGAAGCGAGCCGGGCCAUUAGCUUUAUACCAACGCUGAGGGAUCUGGGUCUUUCCCGGGACGUGUUGGGCCCAGUCUUGGGAGCUUACCACAAAGCUUUCCAGACAGUAUUUUACGCAAUGACUGCCUUUGGCGGUGUUGGUUUCAUAAGCUCACUAUUUACCAAGGAGCUCACUCUGCAGAAAAGCGACCUUGGCCGGCAGGCGUUUGAGGGACAGCAAUUAUUACCCUAA